AUGUACUCGAUUCAUCCCGGCAGCACUAAGAUGUAUAGGGAUCUGAAACCCUACUAUUGGUGGCCGGCGAUGAAGCUCGAUGUUGUAAAUUAUGUGGCAAAUUGUGUAACAUGUGCGAGAGUUAAGGCACAACAUCAGAAACCGUAUGGGAGUUUAGAACCUUUACAUGUACACAUGGGUAAAUGGGAAGACAUCACCAUGGAUUUUGUGACUAAACUGCCCAGGACGAAGAACAGUCACGACAUGAUUUGGGUGGUCGUGGAUCGGUUCACAAAGAGUGCACACUUCAUAGCGGCCAAUGAGAGAUGGUCUAUGGAUAAGCUUGCAAAUGCUUACGUGAAGGAGUUAGUAAGACUUCACGGUGUUCCUUUAAUGAUUAUAUCAGAUCGUGAUAGUCGUUUCACAUUAAGGUUUUGGAGGAGUCUACAAGAGGAAAUGGGUACGAAGUUGUGUUGA